AUGGCUAGUUUCCAAAGCGGACGCACUGCCCUUGAGGCCGUUUUCAAUCAUAUCGUGCUUCCGGCUCAACUCCCAGGGAAAGAGGACAACGAAGUAGAUCAAGUCUCUAGGGAUUUGCUUAGCAUCGUAUCCGGAGCUAUUUACUACUCGCGCGAUUUACUCUGCGACAAAUACCAUCAGCAGUAUUCUCUUGUUCAUCAAUCCUUGUCCAACUAUCAACACGCCUAUGUUAACGGGGUCCUCAACAAAGAAAUCCUUCUUGAGCAACUCCGUAACCUUCAACCGAAAGAGCAGUUAAUAUUCAAUGUAACGCAGCAGAAUGCAGCUCUCCUCAUUCACCGUGAAAUCAACUCGUCGGGUGAUUUUGUUAUCUUCGAAGCAUUCGAAACUUCUCCAACUUCCGAAAAGGUUCUUGAGGUAGCAUCUGCUCUCCUUUGGGAUUUCCCCGGAAUCGCCAUAUCAGUUCCGUAUUCCAAAUUCUAUGAUGAAGGUUUCCAGGAACAUCUUGUGCUAUUCCUUGAGCAAGCAAGCAAAGAAUCUAUCAAAAGAUUCGCAGCGACGAGCUCUAAGGCUUCUUCUGGGGCUUGGGAGAGCCGGGAUACUGUAGACCCUAGUCUCAUUACUGAUUUACUGAUGACUUUGUUGGAAGCGAUUGGCAGCCGGGUUUUCCCAUCUCCGCUACGGAAGAGGGUUCGCGAUGAUGUCUCCUGGUUCGAUGGACUCAACCCCUGGAGAAGAAACCCGACUUGGUUGAUACUACGCGUUGCUGUGCAAAAACAUCUUCAACUCCUCCUCGGGCCUGAAGCUGGAACACUGAACUAUAAGUUUAUGAAAUGCUUACUUUUACGGUCAUUUCUGAACCGGAUCUACCCCGAAGCUGACCCCGAAAGGAUUGUACUCUUGAAAUCUAAACUCUGUCGUCGGAUGGCAAAACUUGAAAUUGGAAGGCGGACUGAACCUAAAACUCUUCACGACUUGCAUGGGUAUCUUGCCGAUAGAGUCGGCCCAAGAGUUAUGGAUACGGUUAACCUUGUAGAACAGUAUACCAAAGAACUCUGGGAACGGUAUCGCAAACGAAUGGAGCGGCGUGUAGACCCGCUUCCCAAGCGUGCCGACCCACAAGAUACAACCCUCAGCCUCCCGAAUAGUGCGGCAUAUCUUCAGAAUAUCUUAGACGAUCAACUAGCGUGUUCGAAAGCCGGACAGGGAAAUCGAAAGGCGCAUGAGGGCCCUGAAAUUCGGCGGAAGGGAAGGGAGGACUUUGCCCUAUUCGCUGACAAGUACUACAGGCUCUUUGACGUUGAAAAGAAACUGAGCUCUAUCAACACGACAUACAUGGCGAGUUCAGAUCCACCUAACGCGAAGUUGAUCAUGCUCUCAAGGUCUCUCAAGGGAUACCUUACUGAGGUAACCGAUCUUUAUACCGGAAUGGCGGAAGCGUUUUCAGAGUUUAUCCUCAACGUCAUGGACGUGUGGGUCUCUCUUGAUUCCUUCGCAAUCGAAGAGUUCCCGCUUCUAGCCGACUUUCAUCCAGGCUUCACAGCUGAGAUAUUGAAUUCUUUGCAUGUCGACAAGGCACGCGACCUUGAGCGACUGCGAAAAGUCGGAGAAUAUCUCAAACGUCGAGGCCAGAUGUCGACGAGCCGUAUGACCAUUUUCGCUGAUCCUUGCAAAGGCUCCUUUGCAGACCGAUACGUAAAGUCUGCUACCAAUGACACUUUUCGAAUACUUCAACACCGUAUAGAAGCUUCUGCUCAAGCAUCUCGUCUGUGUAAAGAAGCCGAAUGGGAGAAUAAAAGCGAAGAGUAUGAGACUUUGACAGAAGAAAUGCUUAUCACUCCUUGCCAAUACUACCUAUCGGACGAUGUUUUCCCCGAGCAAUACCACGACGAUCGCGGAUGUAGAAAGUGUUACCUGGGGAGGAGGAUCAGACGAAUGAGGAUUACUGCUCAUGAACACCCACUUCCUACCGACGGACCGCACCUACAUGCCACACUUUUUGAGCUUACCUGCCCGCCGAGUUUCGCCGAGUACCGUGAUAUCACCUGGCAGAUUAUAGCUACCUUAGCACUCCCUAGUAUUCCUUUAGCUGGCGAGCCAUGUCUUCUGCUCCGUCAAUAUUCCGGACUGGCCAGUUUUCACAGUAUGGCAUCACCAGCAUUGACAUUAGGAUCGAGCAAGAAAUCGUUUCUCCAAACCCAUUUAGCAGAGAUAUCUUUACCUACUACGCUGGAGAGAGUAUGUCUUCCCAAUGGUCUAUCUCUGGCAUAUUACGAUACCUCUCGAAAAGUUUGGCCGGGAAGAAUCAAUCUUUCGACUACCUUCUACCACCACUUUAAGCUGCCAAUUGCAGAAAACUCGCCGUUUGCUUCUCUUUCUCGCGAACUCGAUCCUGUUCACCCACCGACAUCCUACGAAGUCAUUGCCAGCCAAACUCGCUGUCCCGCCGGGGUAAACAUACACGAGUUCUUAGCCUAUCAAAGCCUUCUCUCAGGCUGGAAUCGAAGGUUUCCGUCAAUCCUAGUGGAACUGGCAUCAUCAAACCUUAAUUUUAGCACCGAGGCAACCACCCUCUUAGUGAGGUACCUGACUCAUCAAGCCGGGCCCCCGUCCCCCAACCAGUUCCUCCGCAUGGCUCACAAGAUCUUCACGGACCCACACUUUUCUGCCAAGCUUCUCAAUCAAAUUCAGCAUAGAUUGGACUUUAUACGCACGAAUUGGCGAGAAUUUCAUUGCAUGGACAUGUUAAUUAUGCUUCUUUCGAGGUGUAUUGAUAUUUGGGCAACAACACGUGAAUGUACUGUGGCGCUGAAUCAGGCCGUUGAUAUGCUAUAUGGUAUCAGAGAAAUUAUAAGGGCUUGGCUCCAAAGUCUACAAGGCGAGAUUGACAAGGCCGAGACUAUCGAAUCAUCCCGCCGAUUUUCCGAGUUUGCUUUGUGGGCGGCAGUGCUCGGAAGGUCCACCUAUUUUUUUCACGGGCAGCACAAAAGGCUCAUGACCAUCGAUUCAACCCAGCUCAAAAUAUUCAUCGAAUUCUCUAUAAUGCUACAACAAAGCCUCAUUGCAAAGCCAAGUUCUCUGCCGGCAAACUUGCGGAACGCUCUGAUCCAUGACUUACGAAUCGUAUGUAGUAUCAAAGCUCUUUUACGGGUAGCAAUUCUCGAUCACCCCAAUGGUCUCUCCUCCGCUCUCGAGAUUGCGUGGGCUCAGGAGGAGGAUGCAGAAUAUCUUCCGCCAAAUCUUUUGCAAGCUCCCGACGAGUGGUGGGUUCGGAUGGAAAUAGCUGCGACCCAAACGAGACGGGCUCAAACAAUUUUCUUUCAUCUCCUAGAGGGGCAUCUACUUCUAGAUGGUAAGCCACUAGGUCAACUGCCACCAGAACACAGAAACAACCCGAUUAUUAGAGAGCUCUUUGGAAGCCAAAAUCUCUUGACGGUGCCAUCGAGGCUCCUUGGAAUGGCGUACAAGAUUUCCCGAAGAAUGGAAAAGCAUAUCGUUCAUCUUGGAUUUCGGGGCGAUAAGAUGAUCGUUCGAGCUGAAGCCAAUAGAAAUGUUAUCCUAGAGUAUGUUCCCAAAAGUACCUUCAGAAGCGAACAAACAGAGGAUCUACCUGCAUCUCUACUAGAUGGAUGCUACCACUGGCUCAACAUAAGACAAAGACAUCUAAAUAUUCGCCAAACUUGUUGGAGGGCCAACUAUAGCGAUUGGAACAUUGAUCUGAACCAGAUGGAGGCUCGCCGCCGGACGGUGAAGCUUGUUGACCGCUUCAGCCCGCUCUUUAAAAAAGUUGCUACUAUAUUCAAUCGGUUCGAGGCUGAGCGAUACCUAACCGUUUUCCAACCCGAGAAGCGCUCUCUCUCGGUCGAAAUGCGAAGGCUUGAACUAAAAUGGGAAGUAAAUUCCAAAGGAUAUCUUGAAAAUGAUGUUCUUGAGUCUUAUAUAGACAGAAACCAAGAUGCUGGGACCUGGUACGGGCUGACGAGUAAAGUGGUUCUCAUGGAUAGGAGAAACUUCCGCAAUAGAAGCAUCAUUGUUCCACUUGGCCCGCUACGAUCUAGAAUUAACGGGCCCCAUGUUGAAAUUGAUCUCGCACCUAAUGGUAGCUAUGGUCGGUAUCAGAUAAAUACUAUACUGGGGCGCGUUGAUUGUCCCCCAGAGCCGCGGUUAUUACAUACUAAAGCUCUUCUCCAUGCCUACACAUCAUUCAUCCUCCCAGACCCACUGACCGGGAGAACGGGAACAGAAGAGGCUCUUUAUUGUCUGAGGUCAGGGUAUUGCCAGCCUUGGGUCCCCCUCGCGCUUAAUCACUACCCUGUCCUUGAACGUCUAGCUAGUCUCACGCCGAUCCGCGAAUACUAUCCAGUCGGGCUGAAAGUAAUGCAAAAGGUGAACUGGAACUCUGAUCUCCGCAGCUAUGCUCAGAAUGAGGAGUUCUUCUUCAUUAUCAAGGAAAUAAUCGGCAAAUCAGACCAGCUAAGUCCUUUCAGCGACGACGAGGCCAAUGGGAAAAAAUUUGAGCGGGAAAACCCCGAGCUAUACAAACGGAGUCGCAUACGUCGGAUUUUAUAUGAUCGAGACAGCUCCAAUUCCAUUUCCGAAGCAUCUCAAGAUAUUGCCUACGUAUCUCGGGGACAGCGGGCGGCUGGAAAUACGGGACGCCAAAACGUCUACAAUGCCGUCUACCAUUUAGAUAAUUGGAGCAUAAGGCUUCCUAUCCCGGGUGACUUAGCAGGUAUCAUGGAGAAAUGGCAAAACAUCGGCGGGUUUUCCAACAUACUGGAUAAGGUUACCCUUAGCGACAUACUCAAUAUUGACCUACCUCUCUUUUGGGGAGCCUUGGUCCAAAUUUGUCAAGGCAGCAAUCGAGCAGAUAAAUAUAAGCUGAUAUUUUUAUUCUCUAUUUUGGUUUACAAUGCCACGACAGACAUGGACGCUAUCCGGGUUUUAAUCCUAUUUGCGACAAAUCCUGUCUUGAAAACUUGUGAAGCACCCAUAGGCCCCUCGUUCAAGGAGUUCCACCGAAAUCCCCAUAUAAAAGCAGAAAAUAUCCGACCCCUAAUCAAACCGUACUUCAGAAGUUUCUCCAAGGCUCACUUUCAAAAUACGACUGGAUUCGCCCUAAAUCCAAAACUUCGGAGGAAGAUAGAAGCGGCAGAAGCUACAUUUAACGCUUUGAGAGAGAAGGAAUAUAAUAAUUUGAUUGACCAUCUUGUCGCGCAGUGGCCGUGCCUUCAACCAGAGCUCACUCUCUAUUUCGAUAACGAUUUAAUUGAUACCUCUCAAGUUGUACCGAUUAUUCAACCGGAGUGGUCCAGUAAAUUUUUCAACCUCCAACUCUCCAAUUACAUCAAUGAGAUCCAGCCACUCCUUGACUCCUCAAGCUUACACCUUCCUAUACCGGAACCAGAUGAUACCUCUUCCACAGAUCCAGAGCAAAGAUUAAAGAACCGGAAACAACCAUAUACACGGCAGUGUCUAAACGAGCUCCUAGAGCAGUCCACUGUUAACAUAACGAAAUCACUGGCGGCAUUGUUAAAAGCAAAGAAGGAAGACGGUGCUUCUCAAACCCAGCACCAACUUGCAUCUAGUACGAUUCAUCCAGCUCAUGCUAGAGAAGUCUACGAGCUUGAAGGGAUUAUUCGGGGAAUUCAGCGAACGGACUCCGCCGUCCGACGGCGUUAUGCUACAGAUCUCCUUCAGAGUAUACAGGCUUUCAAGAAGACACAGGCCCUAACAGCCACUCAGUCUGAUAGAAUAUUCUUCACCUCUAGCGAAAUUAAUUCGAAAAUUGAUGGCUCCCGACGUGAAGUCGAGUUAACAUUCGAUAAGAUCAAACAUUCAUUACUAGGUAACGACACCGCGUACUUGUGGCUGGAAAAAGGCAAUAUGACCCCGUGUAUCACGAUUGUAUCCUUACUCGAAGGGCUAAGGUCCCGUAAUAAGCUCAAGCCAGGGCCAGGUGUGCGAGAGGGUCUUGUACUGCUGGGCUUAAAAAUUACGGCAUUGCAGCGAUACAUCCGUCUUGAGAAUUUUGUACUUAAGAACGAUCGCCAAAAGUUUUCAGAGGAGGAACGAAAUAGAGGACAUCAGAACUGGGAUCCAUUAAAGUACCCAGACUGGUUGUUGUUGGAGAUUGAUUCGAAUAUGUUGAUCCGGCCGGAUCAAGUUGAUGUUGCACAUGCAACGAUCCAACCGGCGAGUGGGAACAACUCGGUCUUGCAAAUGAACAUGGGACAAGGGAAAACAUCAUGCGUCAUGCCAAUGGCAGCUGCAGUCCUGGCGGAUGGGAAGAAACUUCUACGGGUUGUCGUCCCUCGGGCUUUGCUCUUACAAACCGUGCAAAUGAUACAUGCUCGUCUCGGAGGGCUAGUAGGCAGAGAGGUUCGCCAUAUACCAUUUUCUCGCCAAACGCCUACGUCCGCCGAAGUCAUGAUAAAGUUCCACAACAUUCAUGCGAAAAUUAUCAAAUGCUUCGGACUGAUGGUUACCCUGCCGGAGCAUACGCUUUCUUUCAUGUUGAGUGGUCUCCAAAGACUCUCUGACAAACGAGUGGAGGAAGCCAAGCCAAUGAUUCGUAUUCAAGAGUGGCUUAACAAGGUCUCGAGAGAUUUACUGGACGAAUCUGACUUCACUCUGGCGGUCAAAACUCAACUAAUUUAUCCUUCUGGGUUUCAAAGAGCCUUCGAUGGCCAUCCGCACCGAUGGAAAACCAUCGAAGCGCUUUUGAAGCUGGUCGAAGCAUAUGUCGAUACCCUUCGUAUUCUUUUCCCUCAGAGUAUAGAAGUUGUCCGGCGGUCAGGAGGAUACCCAUUCAUAUAUUUCCUGCGUCGUGAUGCUGAAGAGAAUCUUAUCAAGCGACUAGCAGAUGAAAUAUCUGCCGGUAAAACCGAUAUCCUACCUAUGAUGGAUCAGCCAGUUGCGGUUCAAGCGGCUGUGAAGCAGUUCAUUUAUUGCGCCACCAUCAGCGCCAACCUGCCUGUAAAGAUUCGCAGCGUUUUCAGCAGCAAACCCACGGUUCUCAAAACAAUCUAUUUAUUGCGGGGGCUGUUCGUCCACCGCAUUCUUCUCUUAGCUCUUAAGAAAAGAUGGAACGUUCAGUACGGUCUGCAUCCUACUCGGGAUCCGGUUGCCGUCCCUUACUAUGCCAAAGGCGUUCCGUCAGAGCAAGCAGAGUGGGGACAUCCCGACGUUGCAAUCCUCUUUACUUGUUUGUCUUUCUACUACCAUGGGUUAAACAUGGAUCAACUUGGCCAGAGUCUGCGAUUUGUAAUCCAGUCCGAUGACCCUGCAAGCGAAUAUGACAGGUGGACGCACAGCUCGAAUACCUUGCCCGAUUCAUUGAGGGAAUGGAAUUCGAUCAAUUCUGACGAUGAAGUUCAGUUGACGGAAAUCUGGAGCCACGUCCGGUACAAUAUCGUCGUUAUUAAUCACUUCCUUAAUAAUUUUGUCUUCCCCAAACAUGCUAAGCAGUUCCUAACGAAGCUUCAAGCCUCUGGUUGGGACAUACCAUUGUUUGCGGGCUCGAUGAAUAAUUGCGAUACAUACGGAAAGGCCCUUACAACUGGCUUCAGCGGCACUAACGACAAUAGAACCAUGCUACCCCUCACAGUCACUCAGGAAGAUCUCCCAACUCUGUCCCAUACCAAUGCGGAAGUUCUCACAUACCUCCUCCAACCUCGAAAUAGAGAAUAUAUCUUGGCUGUUGAUAAUUACGAUCGCCGAUGGUCUGAAGGCGACCUUCUCUGGAAUUUGAGUUCUAAGGGAAUUCGAAUUUUGAUCGAUGCUGGCGCUCAGAUCCUAGAAAUGGAUAACCUUCAGCUGAUAAAGAUGUGGAUGAGUAUUGACACACAGCCGCAGGCAGCAAUCUACUUUGAUAAAAACAAGCCAACAGUAUACUAUCGUAAAGGCAAGACAGCUCCCUUGCUUGCUACACCGUAUGCUGAGGACUCCGCAGAUUGCCUUAUAUAUCUUGAUGAAUCGCACACUAGGGGUACAGACUUAAAGAUGCCGGCGAGAGCAAGAGGCGCGUUAACUCUAGGCCUUGGUCAAACAAAGGACCACACUGUUCAAGCUGCCAUGAGGCUCCGGCAGUUAGGCACAACACAAUCAGUCACCUUCUUCGCCCCGUUAGAGGUUCAUCAGAGCAUUCUUGAUACGCGGAAACCCUCGUCUUCUGCCCCAGUGGAUUCUCGAGACGUUGUUACUUGGUUACUACAUCAAACUUGUGCGGGAAUUGAGCAACUACAGCCGCUAUACUUUUCCCAGGGGAUGGAUUUCUGUCGGAGGGUCCAAGCUGCUUCUGAUAACCCAUACUUCUUGGAAGAUCCUACUCACCUUCAAAAAUAUCUCAAUACUCUGGAGCAACCCGAGCAACAAAGCCUUAGACAAAUGUAUGAACCGAAGCAAGGCAACAAAGCCAAUUCUGCCAUCCAGAAUCCCUCUGCCGAAAUCCACAAAUUUAUAAAAGAACUCAAGUCUCGGCGAAAGGGGUUCCAAGACACUGGAGAAGCCGUCAAUGGGUCCGCGCUACAGGAAGUCGAACAGGAACGCGAGGUUGCAUUCGAAGUUGAAUCUGUUCGAGAAGUACAAAAACCGGUCCACUAUACCCCGCAUAGAUUCCUAGGCCUUCAUGAGGAUCUCAUUGCUUUCGUGAACUCGGGGUAUGCGCUGAAAUGGUCGAGAGGAUACGAACCAGCAUUCCUUGCGCUCCGGAAAGCCUGCUCUUUGGGGGAGAAGUAUAAAAUCGAUUAUAACUAUGCCUCUAAUCUUCUAUAUGCAUCAACAGAAUUUUUCAGGACAGUGCACCUGCGUUCGGGAAAAUAUAUUGAUGAUUUUCAGCGACCGGUAAAUUGGGUCAUUCUAAGCAUCAAAACUAAUGUCGCAAUUAUCAUCACACCGGAAGAGGCUGAAUAUUUGAUCCCACAUCUUUAUAAUAAGUCUCGCGAGCCCUCGGUUCAUUUAAUUACCUAUGCGGCGCCGAUCAAUCGCAGGAUGGUCCAAUUUGACACUUUAGGGUUUUUCACCAUCCCAACGAUUCCGGAAGAUUGGUCGCCACCAACAAAAUUAUCGAUUGAACUAGGUAUCGUGGCAGGACGAUUAUACUUCACCUAUGAACAAGCAAAUGCUAUCAAAGAAUAUUUGAAUCUCGACGACGAAGAAGCUAACCAAGAGAACUCACAACCGAAAGCUAUGGCCUUGACCUCUAGGCCAUUGGAAUUUCUCCGAGAAUGGCUAAUGCUCAAGCGGAAAGGUCAGGACUUCCUACACACUCCGAUGGGCUAUCUUUGUCAAAGUAAAUUGCUGUCGCAAACUCUCGCAUUCUUCAAAGAGGAUGUAUCGAGGCUCGAGAACCUUGCAGAAAACAGUAAGCUGGAAGACAUAGGCGUGGAUGGCGAUGACAAGCUGAAGGCGGAGGAGAGAGAGUAG